GUUGGACUCAUGAGGGGUGCUCCCCACCGCAUCGCCCGUGCGGAGCAGAUCACGCUGCAUCUGCUGCCUCAGCUACCAGACUAACACAGCAGAGACUGGCAAUCUUCCAACCGGAUCCGAAAACACGCGGGCCAGAAAGUUAACUGUCGUUGAUUGGGCAUUCGGUUGUAAAGAAAUGCAGAAGCCAACGAAUGCAGAUUCGGAGCAGCUGCUGGAUUGGUCAGUCGUGGUAUCGGAUGGGGAAGUGACAGACUCAGAUGAGGUGCCCUUGAUAUUCAGUAGAAGAGAGGGCCUCUCUGAAACAGUCCUGCAUGCCGAUCUGAGAGGAGAGAGAUGGGUUCGUUCGCCUCUUUCUGGGUUGUUCUGCUGCUGGUUUCAGGUGAGUCUGUGAGCAGUGAUGAUGAAGAGAAGUUCACUGUAACAGACGGGACCAUCAAACUGUGUCCCAAUAAAGAAAUCAGCAGCCUGUCCCACUGGCUGUCACAGAGGAGUGAUGUCAGAGUGUCUCUGUGGCUGCUGAAUUAUACAGAGCUGGAGAGGAAUGUCUGGUGUAAAGAGGAUGAUGAUGCUGAGUGCAGAGGUGUGCCCCGCUCAAUCACACUGGAAGGUGUUUCUACACCAAAGAAAGGAAAAUACAAGUGUGUGGUGCGGAAGAACAAGAAAGAAAAAGACAAGCGAGGGUUCACUCUGAUUGCUCUGAGAGGUGCAGCCUCUCACAGGAACCCCGCUCCUGAAGGCAGCCCCCUGAAUCUCACCUGUGAGAGCUGGGGUCUCCCUGAGGUUCAGAAGUGGGAAUGGACACGUAACAGUACAAUCAUAUCAGGCACAAGUAAAUACAUGAACAACGCAAGCCUAAACACAUUAACUAUCAAAAGUCUGGAGAAGAGUGAUGGAGGAACAUACAGAUGUAAACCAGUGUUUCAGCAGAUUGAAUUAAAGCACCCUGUAUUUCUUAAACAUGCCGUGACGAUUUCAGGUUCAGCUUCCACCGGACCAACUGUGUCUACACCUACUGCAGGUUCAUCCACCAGCAUAACAAAGAAUACAACAGCAGGAGGACGUAACAAAACAGAAUCUUCUACAACGUGCUGUUAUUCAGAUCCCAGCGGAUCCCCUGUGCCUCCAUCUACUCCAGAUCCAUAUAGUGACGCCGUGGUCAAAAUCGUGGUCCCUGUUGUUUUGAUCAUUCUAGUCCUGCUGGGGAUUGGAGCUUUCUGUCUGAUCAAGAGGAAACGAAGCCAGGCACAGGAUGUGAACUCGAUCAUAGCAAAUCCAAUGGAUGGCGAAGGUGAUGAUCCAGAAGUCAACUACACCACAGUGAACCUCAACAAACUGCCUUCUUCAGACCGGCAGCCUGGCCCGGUCACAGAGCAGACUCUGUAUUCUCAGGUCAAAGUCAACUAGCCCUCAGAGGCACAACAGACCUGUGCUUUAUUACACUGUGCUGAGCUUUUGCUGUAGGAAACUUUUAUAAGGGUCUAUGCUUUACCAGACCUCUCUGUGCUUUACAAUGCUUCCCUAUGGUUUACCAGACCUCUCUGUGCUUUACAAUGCUUCCCUAUGGUUUACCAGACCUCUCUGUGCUUUACAAUGCUUCCCUAUGGUUUACCAGACCUCUCUGUGCUUUACAAUGCUUCCCUAUGCUUUACCAGACCUCUAUGUGCUUUACAAUGCUUCCCUAUGCUUUACCAGACCUCUCUGUGCUUUACAAUGCUUCCCUAUGCUUUACCAGACCUCUCUGUGCUUUACAAUGCUUCCCUAUGCUUUACCAGACCUCUCUGUGCUUUACAAUGCUUCCCUAUGCUUUACCAGACCUCUCUGUGCUUUACAGUGCUUGCCUAUGCUUUACCAUGCUUUCACUGUGCUUUGUUACACUUUGCUAUGUUUUAACUAUGGGAAACUUUUUGAUAUUUAGAGUCAUUUUGACACCAAGCUUGAUAUGUCUUCAUCACUUUGCAUCUAACUUCCUGUGGGGUAGACUAGACUUUACAUCAUACCACGGGAGAUUGCAGCUUCCUCAUUAUUUUAUCUCAGAAAAAACACCCUGUUGAUAUUUCACAGCACAAGAUACCAAUACUGCUGUGAUGCCUUUAAAGAGCACAGUGUUUUUAUAUCUCCUUCAGUCACUGUGUGUUUAAUUGUACAGUGUUAAGUUAAUCUAUGUGUCUAUUUUAUAAUGCAUGCAUGUUUUGUUGUGUAUUCAAAGUUUUGCAAAAUUGUGACCGAAAGGUACAUAUAUAUGGGAGUUGCUGUGAAUCAAGGGCAGUGCAUUGGGUCUAGUAACAGAAAUGCAGUCCCUCAUCCUUAAUGAUAAGAUCUGGUAUAUUUUUGCUUACAAAUUAACGCCUGACCAGAGUAACUAUAAAGAAAUACAGCAGUAAGCAAUGCAUUCACUGAAUCAAUGUGGUGUUUCUUACAGACAGCUGUUUGAGAGCUCUAUUGAGAACACAGCGGCUGUCUAAGACUCUUCAGAUUGAUCAGGGAUAUUGCACAUAUCCCAUCACUAACAACAACAACAACAAUAAUAAUAAUAAUAAUAAUAAUAAUAAUAAUAAUAAUAAUAAUAAUAAUAAUAAUAAUAAUAAUAAUAAUAAUAAUAAUAAUAAUAAUACAUUAAAUAUAGAAAAAUGCCAGUGUCAUGGUUCGCAUAUCCGGUUACAUGAAGAAAUUAAUUUCUCAGAGAAAAGUGCUGUGUGUCGCAAGACUUCUCUGAGCCUGUGGCUCAUCGCUGACACCACAGCGGGAAGACUUCCUGUCAAUAACUGUCAUCUUUUCUGGUUUGAUUUUACUUGCCUGCAAAGGAGAAAAAAAAGCUUGUUCCCUUUAUAAAAGCCAGCUGUAGUAAAAACACAGCAAAGUCUGAUUCCCAUCCCUGUGAUGUUCUGUGAGACAGUGUCAAUACAGAGAUCAAUACAAUAUAAUACAGAGAUCAACAGGGAUGGGAAUCAGACUCCUAUCCGAUUGCAUAGCCGUUUCACCCAUUCCAGGUUUUACUACCAGCUGGCUUGAUCAGCCACAGUGUGUAACAAGCUCAGGUGUGUCUUAUUAAACUCCUAGUAAAACCAGGAAUGGAUCACACUGCUGUGCAAGGGGAGUCUUAUUUCCAUCCCUACUAGUUUAUAUACGCAACAUAAUACAGUCAUCUCCCCUUGGAAGCACAACUGCAAGAAUUUGUAAGAAUGUUUUAAUCUGCAUAUAGUUUUAUUUGUGUGUGUUCUGUAUUCAUCAUGAAGAUAAUUGCUCAUUGAAUGUCCUAGCUUCUAUUGUGCUUGUUCUUGUGUGUGUGACAAAAUAACAAAACAACAUUUUGAACGUC